AUGUCGGGCGCUCCUGACCGAGAGGCCGUGUUUCCCACGCGCCAGUCGCUGGGAAUCAUGAAGGCGAAGCUCAAGGGUGCUGAAACGGGCCAUAGCUUGCUGAAGAGAAAGAGCGAGGCUCUGACCAAACGCAUCGACGAAGCCAAGAGAAAGAUGGGACGUGUGAUGCAGAUUGCCUCCUUCUCCUUGGCCGAAGUUACGUAUGCUGUGGGCGGCGAUAUUGGCUACCAGAUUCAGGAGUCCGCGCGGUCCGCUCGUUUCCGCGUGCGCACCAAGCAGGAAAACGUUUCGGGUGUUCUCCUCCCCGCCUUCGAGAGCUACGUGACCGAAGGGAACAACGACUUUGGCCUGACGGGACUGGGCAAGGGUGGUCAGCAAGUCCAACGCUGCCGCGAGACAUAUGCUCGUGCCGUCGAGGCUUUGGUUGAACUCGCAAGUCUCCAGAUGUUUUCCAUGGAUAACAAGAAGUCUAACUCGAUCAAGACUGCUUUUGUAAUUUUGGACGAAGUUAUCAAGGUCGUCAACCGACGUGACAUCAACUCAGAGCUCGAUGAGCUGGACCGAGAAGAGUUUUACAGAUUGAAAAAGGUGGCGAACAAGAAACAGAGAGAUACUGCGGCCACAGACGCAGAGAUCAAGGCCAAAAAGGCUGCCAACGCGGCAGAGGAGAGAGGUGACUCGUCCGGGCCAAACGACCUUCUUGCAGCAGAGGAAGACAACGAUGUUAUUUUCUGA